UCAGUGCAGCGCCCGCGUGCCAGUGUGUCGCACUUACUGGUGUACCAUAGAGUGCCGGGGGCUGCUGAGGCGUCGGGAUACCCUGUCCUUGCAGCGUGGCUCUGCGGUCGGUCAGCUAACACCGUGUAAGGUUAUUGUUUCAGUCCGUCAGUGUGCGUCUAGGGACCGUCGUCUGCUAACGGCGUGCAUAAGACAUGCUGUUUAUUUGUAGUGCGCCUCUGCUGCCUUUAUAAGACGUGCUCUAUGUAGACCUUAGUGAGCCUUCGCUGUAUUUAUUAGACGUGUUUGUAGCGUGCCCCCCACUGUAUGUAAGUCCAGAUUGCAAUUCGAAAAAUGUCAGUCAGUAAUGCCCAAAAGGUCAGCUAUGCAAUGCACCAUUUGUACAAAACUUUAUGGUGUUUCAUUUGUCUGCGUGACGUUCAUUCAUGGUUUUAAUCAAAGCUGGACGGUACACGUGCGAUUUUUGCGUGUUUUUACAUACCGAAGCUCGUCAUUUCCUGACACGGAACUCUGUUAGGUAUUUUACUCAGGGCUGCGGAGUCGGAGUCGGAGUCGGAGUCGGUCGGAGUCGACAGUUGUGACCGGAGUCGGAGUCGGAGUCGGAGUCGAUUUUAGAAACCCGAGCCGGAGUCGGAGUCGGAGUCACCGAAAAUCUGUCGACUCCGCAGCCCUGCUAGGUCUGCGGAGUCGGAGUCGGGAGUUGGAGUCGGUCGGAGUCGACAAUUCUGCCCGGAGUCGGAGUCGGAGUCGGAGCUGGUUUUUGAAAGCCGGAGUCGGAGUCGGAGUCGGAGUCGCCGAAAAUCCAUCGACUCCGCAGCCCUGUUUUACAUUACCUAACAAAAUUGUCGAGCGAUGAUUUGGUAUGCACAUUUAGAUAACAAAUAGUUGAUAAUAAUAGUUAAAUAGAACCAGAAACCAUUAAAUAUAACUAUCUGAAGGUUGUGACCAUAAAACUCGUUACUUGUGGCCAUCGCCAGAGGUUUCGCCGUACGCCCUGACGAGUUCGCUCACGGAAUGUCGUUCUCCGGCGCCGGACUGCCCAUCCGUGCUGGUGGCACUGUCGCCGUCCUGCAGCUCGGUCCUCCCAGUGCCGGGUGCAUGGAGCGAGGCAUGACACCGUCACCGUCUCACGUCACGAUGCUCGUCGGAUGACGAUGCUCUUACGUGAUACGUAUAUCUGCACCAGACUAUCAACCGUAGUCCGUAUGCAUUUGAUGUAGGCACAUGAUUUAGGAUGUCCUUUUGAAAUUGGAUCAGGAUGCGUGAAUAGGCGCUUUGUCUUCCAAUAUAAGUACUAGCAGUCUCUGUUUCGACCGCCAUUACCAGCACAUCUUUAGACUGCGUACCUAGUCUGGCUAGUCUUCACUAGUCUAGUCUAGUCCUAGACGUUUUGUUAAAACUGUGUGUUUGCACAAGGCUGCUCAGGUGUCCUUGUGAUUGUGUCAUUACUGCCUUGCCACAACUAUCUGCUAGAUCAAGAGCAGCUCAAGGCUGUCAAUCCUCCUUUUUGUUGAUACACGCGGUCGUUCAAUUAUCAGUCGAUGUGUUGCCUCAAGUGCAGGUGCCAGUACAAGUGUGCUAGUGACACUCGCUGCGCGGCUUAUCACCAAUGCUGAGCGGGACGACCUCGCCCGCAUCAGCCCAGCAAAUUACUUGUUAAUAUCGUUCGAAUUUCUGUUGCUGUGUAGGCAACAAAUUUACUGCAACAUGUGUGACGUGCAUGGGAUGACCGAGCGUGGCUUUGUCACUGGUCAAUACUAGCUUCAAUAUUUAGUCUUGAUAAAGGCUUUUUCUUACAUUGAUCAUGCAACAAGACCGGUUCUGGUCGGCACCGACCUGCCCUGUCAGUUGUCACAGACCGGCUGUCACACCGACCUAGUCAUGACGCAAUGACCCCGCCCCGCAGCCCACUGAUAAACGUCAUCUCACUAAUCCAAGCCUGUCUCCCCGACCCAACUCUAUCGCAUCGCCCCCUCCCCGUGACCCGUAUCGAACCCUGUCCCUCACCACCCGCCCUGGGAUUUGGCCACGUGACGGAUGACAUAACCAUGUAGUCCCUGGUAUCAAAAAUAACCAACCCAGUCUUUUGUGAUUGACUUGGUAUUCAGCCCUUGUUUUCCUGCUGAGGGCUUUCCAAUCAUUUUGCCACGCACCUUAUUAUUGUUGAAAAUGUUUUCUCCAAGGCCUAUCCCACCCAGGAUCCCACCCACGGCCGUCUUAUUCAUUUUUGCACUGCUGCUCUUUUCUUUUUAAAUUUGAUGUCGAAGCGCCGUCUUUUUGUUUCUUCGCGGUAGCAGAUUAUUCCGUUUAUAUGCUUUUCUCUCAAAUCUUUUUUAUUUUUAUUAGUUAUCAAAUAAAGGCCCAGCCUCUCUGGCCUCUUUCUAAAUGCACCAUCAACUCCAGCUCACCCGGGGACUGUUUAGAUGACCGUGGCCUCGCCCCGUUCCAGCUCUGGCACCCUGCGCUGUGAGAUCCCGCAGGCAGCGCGCACCGACCACCAUGCGGAUCCGGCCCAGAGAGGUGCUGCUUCUCACCGUCUGCCUGGCAGUUUCAGGGCUGCUGAUUCUGUCUCUGUGUGCUGACGGUCACUGGAGCCAGCUCCGCCAAGCGCUGUUCGGGUCCGCCUUCAGUGAUGCCGUCCCCCGGGCAUACACCAACGGGCACGAUAUUCGGCUGGAGAUCAGCAAAAAUGGCUCGUUUCAAGUUUUCUUCGACGCGCCGGUGCCGGAGGAACUCACGCUGACCUUUCAUCGGAGCGACGAGUCCGUCCUGGGGGAGCUGGCGCCCCUACAGAUAGCCGCCAACAGUACAGAGACCAUUACCGUGGGGCUGGAGCCGCGCCACCGGGGACACUGCACGGUGACGGCUAAUACGUCACUGCCAGAGGACCAGUUCAGUGCGUCUGACGUCUACGUGCGCGUCAACGUGCUGGAGACGUUCGGUCUGGACACGUUCAGCUCGGUGGUGGGCUGGGUCUAUUUCGCCGCCUGGACCGUGUCGUUCUACCCGCAGAUAUACACCAACUACAGACGAAAAAGCGUGGUCGGCCUGAACUUUGACUUUCUGGCGCUGAACCUGGUCGGGUUUACAUUCUAUUCGGUGUUUAACUGCGGCCUGUAUUUCUCAGUCGCCAUUCAGGACAUGUACUUUGCCGACCACCCCUACGGCCUGGUCCCGGUGGCGGUCAAUGACGUGGUGUUCGCACUGCACGCGCUGUUCGCCUGUAUCGUCACCGUACUGCAGUGCUUCAUUUAUGAGCGCGGUGGCCAGACGGUCUCGCUGGCGGCUCGCGGCCUGCUGGUCGUCUUUGCGCUGGUCAUCAUCAUCACGGCCAUCGUUGCCGGCUGCGGCGUGGUCAACUGGCUCUGGUUCCUCUACGUCUUCUCCUACGUCAAGCUGGCCAUCACCAUCGUCAAAUAUGUGCCGCAGGCGUACCACAACUAUCAGCGCCGCAGCACAGAGGGCUGGGCGAUCGGUAAUGUGCUACUCGACUUCACCGGCGGCUCGCUCAGCAUUCUGCAGAUGUUCAUCGACGCCUACAACUACAACGACUGGUCGUCGAUAUUCGGCAACCCGACCAAGUUCGGUCUGGGCCUGUUCUCAGUGCUGUUCGACAUUCUCUUCAUAUGCCAGCACUACUGUCUGUACCGUGACAGCAGUCCGUAUUCGACAAUAGACGGCGGGCCGCCGCUCUUGACUCCAACGGAGCUCAUUAGCUAGAUCCCGGCCCGAUGCCUCUGAGCUGCCAAUCAGGUCCUCUACCUCGGGGACGGGCAACACCCACGAGGCGUACACCAAGUUCUAGUUCUUCCAGUCGUCUGCCGACGCGGGCGGCCCGCCGCUGCUGUGUGGCCGAGAGGGACUCCUACCGCCCCUGUGUAGCUGAGAGGGACUCCUACCGCCCCUGUGUAGCUGAGAGGGACUCCUACCGCCCCUGUGUAGCUGAGAGGGACUCCUACCGUCGCUCGCGGUGUGGCUCGGCACUGUUUCGGGGCGAUGUGGAGCCACUGCCGAAACUCUCCUGCCACGUAGAUAAAGCGUGGGUGACGGUGUGGUCGGUUAUUGCCGGCGUGGCUUUGACUAGCCGACUAGACUGACUAGACUGACUGACUGACUGACUAGACUUUGACGACGUGUGCUAUUGCCAAGAACUUGGCCUGAGAGCCCAACACGCAAACUGUGCCCGCGAGACUCAUCGUACCAGCUGAAAAGUGAUAGAAGGGACGAGGUCGUUCAACUGCUCAGUGUCUGGUGAGUGGUGAUAUAGUGGUCGACAAUGAUAGAAUGCUGUCCGUGCUCCUACUGGGGUGCGGCAGGGAUAAUACUUGAUCAAUGAUCAUGACGUUUUAGCUCACGUGCAGACUUGUUAGCCGAGGAUUGAGUGUCGUUAGCUGAUAUUCACAAUGUGUAUUGUGAUUACAUGAUAUUUAAUUUAAUUCCAUGAACGGGGGACCAAUAGUUACGUCCCCAUAAAUAUUGGCUAUACUAGCCGACUGCCCUGUGGGAUGGUUUGUCUGUCAUGUCUAUGAGCGCAGCGCUGGGUUUGAGGCCGGCCAGUCCCGCCAUUGAUCAAAGUAUUAUUUAUCGUGUUUGUUUGUGUAUUGAUAUAGGUGUGUGCGUGUUGUGCCAUAUUUAUCAUUUGUUCUGAUUUGUAUUAGCUUUAGUUCACAGUAUGCGUCAUAUUAAGUCGUAAACCGUGAUAUAUUCAUUGCCGUGUUAUAUAUAUUUAGCGGGGACCUGAUGAACAAUUGAAAUUGAUAUCGUAGAUUGGGACCUCGACAAUCGACUGUUUCACGUUGUAUUAUGUAUCAGUGCUGUUUUAUUUUCAAUGCUCUUCGAUCGAGAAGGCUUGCUGUCGCUCGAUUUUGAACAAGCUUAUCCAGAUCAUGAAGUUUACCCUGCCAUGUUACUCAAUUUUCGCACAGGACAUUUCCUGCGCCUAUAAGUGACAUCAAGUAACAUUAGCGUUACUGGCUGCUUUGAGCUAGUCUUGUAUUGUUUAUAGGCGCGAAUAUUCGAUACGAUGCGACACCCUUGUAUAAUUCCAAACAGCUUUUAAACGGAAUUGCUAAACAUUGCAACAUUUUGUGGGACAUGCUAAAUAAUAUUGCUGCGCGUUGUUUCAUUUUACAAGGUGGACAAUCCUUGCUGGAGUCGGAACUAUGUCGUCACAAUAAGCCUAUCAUGAUCGCUGGAUUUCAACUGCCAGUGUCUGUUGUACAAUUGCACAGUGUUUUAUACAAAUUAUAUCGGUCGU